UGAUUAUAUGAAGUUUUAUAGCUUUGCAAAUCUGUUAAAUGUGCCUGAUUAUUUCCAUAUAUAGAACCAAUCUAAAUUCUGUUGUUUGUUACUUGUUUACUCAGUCAACCGUAAAUGUUUUUGAGAUAGUUGCAGGAAAAUAGUUUUGGGGAGGAUAAUGGCAGAUGCCGUGGUUGAGUUUCUCUUGGAGAAUUUAAAGCAACUGCUACUCUACAACUCUGAUUUGAUAUUCGGAGUAAAGGGUCAAGUUGAAUCUCUUUACAAGGAGCUUAGUUUGAUGAAAGCGUUUCUCAAAGAUUCAAAAGAGAAACGUAGCGAAUAUGAGUUAGUACGCGAAUUAGUAAGGCAGAUCAGAGACGUAGCUUAUGAAGCCGAAGAUACCAUUGACACUUUUGUAGUUGAGGCAGCCAUGCAGAAAGAAAGAAGCGCCUUAAGCAGAAUCGUCCAUCCGUUUGAUUAUCCAAAAAAGCUUCGAUCUGUUGCUAAAGAUAUCGAAUCCAUUAAGGCAAAAGUGAAGGAGAUUUAUGAGAAAAAGAUGUUCGGUAUUGAAGCUCUUUAUUCAAGCGAAUCCGUAAAGAAAUCUUCAUCGUCACAAAGAAGAAAACCAGUGGUUGAAGAAGAUAAUGUUAUUGGUUUCGAUGAAGAAGCAAAGGAAUUAGUGAGUCGACUCACUAAUAUCGCUGAGUCGCUAGAAGUUGUCUCGGUGGUCGGUAUGGGUGGGCUUGGCAAGACAACUCUUGCCAAGAAGGUUUACAGUGAUCCCGCCAUUGAGUUUCACUUCUUUGUUCGCGCGUGGGUGUACGUUUCGCAAGAAUACAGCCGAAAGGAAGUACUUUUGGCUAUUUUGGGUUGUCUCAUGCAGCAGCCUUCUGAUCAAACUUCUAAAAUGAAUGAGGAAAUGAUAAUUGAAGAAAUAUGCAAACAAUUGAACGGUCGAAGAUAUCUUAUCGUGUUAGAUGAUGUAUGGACAACAGAUGCAUGGAAUGAUCUCAAAACCGCUUUUCCUAACCAGAAUUGCGGGAGUAGAAUACUGUUAACAACCCGUAACACGGAUGUGGCUAUGCUUGCAAACCCUGAUACGCCGCCUCAUCAUUUGCGGUUUCUGAAUGACGAUGAAAGUUUCGAACUACUUUCCACCAAAGUUUUUAGAAAAAAAAGUUGCCCAUUUGAGCUCGUUGAACUUGGAAGAACAAUAGCUAAAAAAUGCGAUGGAUUGCCACUUGCCAUAGUUGUAAUUGCCGGACUUCUUUUGAAGAAAGAUAAAACACGCGAUAUGUGGAAAAAGGUUGCUGAAAGCGUCGGUUCUUAUGUUGCAAGAGACCCGAAGCAAUGUUUGGAUGUAUUGGCAUUAAGUUACAAGCAAUUACCUGAUCAUUUGAAGGUGUGUUUCAUCUAUUUUGGUGCUUUUCCGGAAGAUUUUCCUAUACCGGUUUGGAAACUGGUUAUGUUAUGGGUGGCAGAAGGGUUCAUACAAGAAAAUGGCCAAGAAUGUUUAGAGGAUCUUGCUGAAGAGUAUUUGGGAGAUCUUGUUGAGCGGAAUCUUAUACUGAUUGCCAAAAGAAGGGCGAACGGAAGGAUUAAAACAUGUCGUGUUCACGAUAUGUUGCGUGAUUUGUGCUUACGCGAAGCAGCAGAAGAGAAGUUUUUGCAAGUCAUUAAAAGAAACAUACCUGAUCAAACUUCUUUGAUCUCGUAUAAUUAUUCUCAUCGUCGUCUUUGUGUUCAUUCACAUGUCAUGAACUUUAUUCACUCAAAACCUUCUGGCCCACAUGUUCGAUCUUUCUUAUGUUUUCCAUCGGAAGAGACAGAAUUGUCUAGAGAACAUACUUCUUUCAUCCAUGAAGCUUUUAAGUUAGUUCGCGUGUUAGAUAUUAGAUCCAUCAACAUUUCCCGCUUCCCGGUUGAAAUCACACAACUAGUGCAUUUAAGGUACAUUUCCAUUUUCGGAAACUUCAAGGUUCUUCCUCCAUCCAUUUCCAAGUUAUGGAGUCUUCAAUCUUUAGUCGUUGAGACAACAACGCGUGACCUUGACAUUCAAGUGGAUAUAUGGAAAAUGUCACGGUUUAGACAUCUGCAUACAAACGGAUCGAGUCGUUUACACGGGCCUCAAGCCAAAACCCGAAUGGAUAACGAAGAUCCGUUUGUUCAAGGAAACAUACAAACCAUAUCUACUAUUUCACCUGAUAGUUGUACCGAGAACAUCUUAGCUAGAACUCCCAAUCUUAAAAAGCUUGGAAUUCGCGGUAAACUUGCCAUUCUCAUGGAAGUGAAGAAAAAUACUAGUUUGUUCGAUAAUCUCGCUAAGCUCGAUAACCUCGACAAACUAAAGUUAUUAAAUGACACGUUCCCACGCCCUCCAUCCGAAGGUAAGUUAAGAGGUCUUCCACCGUUAUACAAAUUCCCACCCCAUUUGAACAAGUUGACGUUAUCAGACACCUUGUUGGAUUGGAAACAUAUGUCUACAAUAGCCAUGCUACCAAAUCUUGAAGUGCUCAAACUGAAAGUGUUUGCAUUUAGGGGACCUCAGUGGGACCCGCUUGAUGGCGGGUUUCGUCUACUUAAAUAUUUGCACAUUGGGAAAACGGAUUUGGUGCAUUGGAAGGCUUCGGGUCAUCACUUUCCUAGAUUAGAACACAUUGUGGUUGAACAAUGUGGUGAUUUGGUGGCUAUUCCACAAGGUUUGGCGGAUGUAUCUGCAUUGCGGACUAUGGAGCUGCAUCACACGCCUUCGGCUAUAGGUUCUGCGCGAUUAAUCCUGCAACAAAAGCAAAUGCAACAAAAAACGCAGCCGCAACAAUUUAUGCGAAGUAAUGGGUUUAAGUUGCUGAUUUAUCCUCCUGAGUAGUCUUUCGUAUUCCGAUCUUCUGAUUCUGCUUCUACUGCUUAAACCGAAGAGGUAUGGAAUGGAUCACAAGAACUUCUUAGGGGAACAUGAUUCAUACUAAUAUAAACAUUUAUUUAGAUCAUGUAAUGCAAAGUUUACACUGAAUGUGGGUUGCUAAGUUAUUUUCUUUUUGAGUGUAGAAUUAUGACUUGUGAGUUCUAUGUUGAAUGUACUUCUAUGUUUCCUGUAGACAGACUAAUUUGGGGUUUUUGCUUUGAUGUUGAACAAACAAUAUGUUUGAAGUUUAGUUUUUAUUCAUGUCUU